UGCCUCAUCCCCUCAGCAGAGAAGCCUGUGUUCUUCUCGGCCUUUGCAGCUGACGGCCAGAAGCUGCCCACAGAGCCUCCGUGCUGGACGUCGGGCCUGCCCUUCCCUGUGCCCCCUCGUGAGGUGAUCAAGGCCUCCCCGCACGCCCCUGACCCCUCGGCCUUCUCCUACGCCCCGCCUGGUCACCCACUGCCCCUGGGCCUCCAUGACAGCGCCCGGCCCGUCCUGCCUCGCCCACCCACCAUCUCCAACCCGCCGCCCCUCAUCUCCUCCGCUAAGCACCCCAGCGUCCUCGAGAGGCAAAUGAACGCCAUCUCCCAGGGAAUGUCGGUGCAGCUCCACGUCCCUUACUCGGAGCACGCCAAGGCCCCUGUGGGCCCCAUCACCAUGGGGCUGCCCCUUGCCAUGGACCCCAAGAAGCUGGCGCCCUUCAGCGGAGUGAAGCAGGAGCAGCUGUCCCCGCGGGGCCAGGCUGGGCCCCCGGAGAACCUGGGGGUGCCCACAGCCCAGGAGACAUCUGUGCUGAGAGGGACAUCUCUGGGCUCGGUUCCGGGAGGAAGCAUCACCAAGGGCAUCCCCGGCACGCGGGUGCCUUCCGAGAGCCCCAUCACGUACCGCGGCUCCAUCACCCACGGCACCCCGGCCGACGUCCUGUACAAAGGCACCAUCACCAGGAUCAUCGGCGAGGACAGCCCGAGUCGUCUGGACCGCAGCCGGGAGGACAGCCUGCCGAAGGGCCACGUCAUCUACGAGGGCAAGAAGGGCCACGUCCUGUCCUACGAGGGUGGCAUAUCUGUGUCCCAGUGCUCCAAGGAGGACGGCAGGAGCAGCUCCGGACCCCCGCACGAGACGGCCGCCCCCAAGCGCACCUACGACAUGAUGGAGGGCCGCGUCAGCAGGGCCGUCUCCUCCGCCGGCAUCGAAGGUCUCAUGGGCCGGGCCAUCCCGCCGGAGCGACACAGCCCCCACCACCUCAAGGAGCAGCACCACAUCCGAGGCUCCAUCACACAAGGGAUCCCGCGGUCCUACGUGGAGGCCCAGGAAGACUACCUCCGUCGGGAGGCCAAGCUCCUGAAACGCGAGGGCACGCCGCCACCGCCCCCGCCCCCACGGGACCUGGCCGAGGCCUACAAGGCCCGGCCCCUGGAGGCGCUGGGCCCCCUGAAGCUGAAGCCGGCCCACGAGGGGCUGGUGGCGACGGUGAAGGAGGCCGGCCGCUCCAUCCACGAGAUUCCCCGGGAAGAGUUGCGGCGCACGCCCGAGCUGCCCCUGGCCCCGCGGCCGCUCAAGGAGGGCUCCAUCACGCAGGGCACCCCGCUCAAGUAUGACACUGGCCCGUCCUCCGCCGGCUCCAAAAAGCAUGACGUGCGCUCCAUCAUCGGCAGCCCCGGCCGCACGUUCCCGCCCGUGCACCCGCUGGACGUGAUGGCCGACGCCCGGGCGCUGGAGCGCGCCUGCUACGAAGAGAGCCUGAAGGGCCGGCCGGGGGCAGCCGGCAGCUCGGGGGGCUCCAUCACCCGGGGGGCCCCGGUCAUCGUGCCUGAGCUGGGCAAGCCGCGCCAAAGCCCCCUGGCCUACGAGGAGCACGGGGCGCCCUUCGCCGGCCACCUCCCACGCGGCUCGCCGGUGACCACACGGGAGCCCACCCCACGCCUGCAGGAGGGCAGCCUCUCAUCUAGCAAGGCAUCCCAGGACCGGAAGCUGACGUCCACGCCCCGGGAGAUCGCCAAGUCCCCCCACAGCGCCGUGCCUGAGCACCACCCCCACCCCAUCUCGCCCUACGAACACCUGCUUCGGGGCGUGAGCGGUGUGGACCUGUACCGCGGCCACAUCCCCCUGGCCUUCGAUCCCACCUCCAUACCCCGCGGGAUCCCUCUCGAUGCAGCCGCGGCCUAUUACCUGCCCCGACACCUGGCCCCCAACCCCACCUACCCGCACCUGUACCCGCCUUACCUCAUCCGCGGCUACCCCGACACGGCGGCGCUGGAGAACCGCCAGACAAUCAUCAACGACUACAUCACCUCGCAGCAGAUGCACCACAACGCGGCGACCGCCAUGGCCCAGCGGGCUGACAUGCUGAGGGGCCUCUCGCCCCGCGAAUCCUCUCUGGCACUCAACUAUGCCGCUGGCCCUCGAGGCAUCAUCGACCUGUCCCAAGUGCCACACCUCCCCGUGCUGGUGCCCCCGACCCCGGGCACACCGGCCGCCACCGCCAUGGACCGCCUUGCCUACCUCCCCACAGCGCCCCAGCAUUUCAGCAGCCGGCUCAGCAGCUCCCCGCUCUCCCCAGGGGGUCCCACUCACUUGACGAAACCCGCCACCACCUCGUCGUCCGAGAGGGAGCGGGAGCGCGACCGGGAGCGCGACCGGGAGCGUGACCGGGAGCGCGAGAAGCCGGUCCUCACGUCCACCACCACUGUGGAGCACGCGCCCAUCUGGAGACCUGGUACGGAGCAGAGCAGCGGCGGCAGCGGCGGCGGAGGGGGUGGGGGCGGCAGCGGCAGUGGCCGCCCCACCCCCCACUCCCACCAGCACUCGCCAAUGUCACCCCGGGCCCAGGACGCCAUCCAGCAGAGACCCAGCGUGCUGCACAACACGGGCAUGAAGGGCAUCCUCACCUCCGUGGAGCCCAGCACGCCCACAGUCCUGAGGUGGGCCAGGUCCACCUCUGCCUCCUCGCCUGUCCGCCCGGCCGCCACAUUCCCACCCACCACCCACUGUCCUCUGGGUGGCACCCUGGACGGGGUCUACCCCACCCUCAUGGAGCCUGUCUUGCUGCCCAAGGAGGCCCCAAGGGUCGCCCGGCCCGAGCGGCCCCGUGCGGACGCUGGCCACGCCUUCCUUGCCAAGCCCCCAGCCCGCUCUGGGCUGGAGCCCGCCUCCUCCCCCAGCAAAGGCUCCGAGCCGCGGCCCCUGGCGCCCCCCGGCUCCAGCCACACGGCCAUCGCCCGCACCCCAGCAAAGAGCCUCGCACCCCACCACGCCAGCCCGGACCAGCCUGCGCCGCCCGCCUCGGCCGCGGACCCGCACCGGGAAAAGACUCAAAGUAAACCCUUUUCCAUCCAGGAAUUGGAGCUCCGUUCUCUGGGUAAGACCACCCUGACAGCGGCCACCUUCAUAGACGCGAUAAUCAUGCGUCAAAUUGCUCACGAUAAAGGGCCGCGAGAAGGAGGUUCGCUGGCCAACGACUCCCCUCGCGAUGGUUACCACGGCGGCAGCUACAGCCCCGACGGGGUGGAGCCCGUCAGCCCCGUGAGCUCGCCCAGCCUGACCCAUGACAAGGGGCUCCCCAAGCACCUCGAGGAGCUCGACAAGAGCCACCUGGAGGGGGACCUGCGGCACAAGCAGCCAGGCCCCGGAAAGCUCGGCGGUGAGGCCGCGCACCUCCCACACCUGCGGCCGCUGCCCGAGAGCCAGCCCUCAUCCAGCCCACUGCUCCAGACCACCCCCGGGGUCAAAGGUCACCAGAGGGUGGUCACCCUGGCACAGCACAUCAGCGAGGUCAUCACACAGGAUUACACGCGGCACCACCCGCAGCAGCUGAACGCACCCCUCCCGGCCCCCCUCUACUCCUUCCCUGGAGCCAGCUGCCCGGUCCUGGACCUGCGCCGCCCCCCCAGUGACCUCUACCUCCCGCCCCCGGACCAUGGCGCCCCGGCUCGCGGCUCGCCCCACAGUGAAGGGGGCAAGAGGUCUCCAGAGCCCAGCAAGACGUCCGCCCUGGGCAGCAGUGAGGAUGCCAUCGAGCCCGUGUCCCCACCCGAGGGCAUGGCAGAGCCUGGGCAUCCCCGAAGCGCCAUGUACCCGCUGCUGUACCGGGACGGGGACCAGGCAGAGCCCAGCAGAAUGGGCUCUAAAUCUCCAGGCAACAGCAGCCAGCCGCCGGCCUUCUUCAGCAAACUGACCGAGAGCAACUCCGCCAUGGUCAAAUCGAAGAAGCAGGAGAUCAACAAGAAGCUGAACACCCACAACCGGAACGAGCCAGAAUACAAUAUCGGCCAGCCCGGGACGGAGAUCUUCAACAUGCCCGCCAUCACCGGAGCAGGCCUUAUGACCUGCAGAAGCCAGGCGGUGCAGGAACAUGCCAGCACCAACAUGGGGCUGGAGGCCAUUAUUAGAAAGGCGCUCAUGGGUAAAUAUGAUCAGUGGGAGGAGCCCCCGCUCAGCGCCAAUGCUUUUAACCCUCUGAAUGCCAGUGCCAGCCUGCCCGCUGCUAUGCCCAUAACCGCUGCUGACGGACGGAGCGAACACACACUCACCUCGCCAGGUGGUGGCGGGAAGGCCAAAGUCUCUGGCAGACCCAGCAGCCGCAAAGCCAAGUCCCCGGCCCCGGGCCUGGCGUCCGGGGACCGGCCGCCCUCCGUCUCCUCGGUGCAUUCGGAGGGGGACUGCAACCGCCGGACCCCACUCACCAACCGCGUGUGGGAGGACCGGCCCUCGUCCGCAGGUUCCACACCGUUUCCCUACAACCCCCUGAUCAUGCGGCUGCAGGCGGGUGUCAUGGCCUCCCCACCCCCGCCUGGCCUCCCCGCGGGCAGCGGGCCCCUUGCCGGUCCCCACCACGCCUGGGAUGAGGAGCCCAAGCCGCUGCUCUGCUCACAGUACGAGACGCUCUCCGACAGCGAGUGACCGUCAGAACGGGCUGGGGGGCGGUGCCGGGGCCCAGCCAGCGGCCAGAGCAGCCGGGCAAGGAGGGGGCCGCUGCCGACCCCCCCCCCCCACCGAGGAAGGAGCCCCUGAGUCUGCCUGCGCGCCUGUCCGUCCGUCCGUCCAGAGCCGGCAUCCUUGCCUGUCUAAAGCCUUAACUACGACUCCCGCCCCGGGCUGGCCCUGUGCAGUGACCUUACUCAGGGGAUGUUUACCUGGUGCUCGGGAGGGGAGGGGCCAGGGAGGGGGCGCGGCGGCGUGUGGCGGCCACACGCACGCAGCCGGGGCGGCCAGGGACCCAAAGCAGGAUGACCACGCACCUCCCAUGCCACUGCCUCCCCCCUUAACGCAUUUGGAACCAAAGUCUAAACUGAGCUAGCAGCACCCUCCCUCCGUCCCCAUUCCGCUUAUCGCUCUGGACAGACGGACACAGGCGCUGUCCAGCCCCCGGCGCUCUCGUUCCCGGUCAGCGAGACUGCCGCCGACCCAGUGAGGCCAGAUGGGCGGGCGAGAGGGCCAGGUGGGGUCUGGGGCGAGCGGAGGCUCGGAGGGACCGGACCGUUUGUUCUCACACAUGGUUGCCGCGGCGGUGGGAAGGAAAGGCAGGUGUACAUGAUGUAUUGGUUUACAGGGUAUAUUUUUGAUACCUUUGAUGAAUUAGUUCAGAUGUUUUACGCGAGGAAGGACUUGA